GGAAUCGAUCACACAGCACAGUGUUAUACGUCAAACAAAUUUAGAGAAAAAAGUUUAGCCAACAGGAAAUAAAUAUUUCAGUCAUUCGAAACAGCUCAGUCGUCGGGAGAGGAUAUAAAAUCGAAAAGAAAAAGAAAAUAGGCGAACUCCCCAAAUGGCCAGGAGCCCAGGGACGAGGUCUACCUCAGCCGCGUGGAACUUUGGGAAAACCAGGUCAAGUAUCUGUCAGUUAUCUCGACGUUAACUUGGACCAAAUGCCUGCGGUGGCCUACCACUACGAUGUGAAGAUCACGCCAGAGCGUCCUAAGAAGUUCUAUCGUCAGGCUUUUGAGCAGUACAGAGUUGAACACUUGGGCGGAGCGAUUGCCGCAUUUGAUGGACGUGCAUCGUGUUACUCAGUUGUGAAGCUAAAAUGCAGCUCCCAGGGCCAAGAAGUGAAAGUAACAGAUCGCCACGGCCGUACCCUGAAUUACACUCUGGAACUCAAGGAGACGGAGGACCUGGAGGUCGAUCUGAACUCGCUGAGAAGCUUUGGUUUCCUUUUCGUAUCGUGUCUCCUCGCCUCGUCGUUUUACAGCCGUAUGUUUUGUAGUUUUUUGUUUGGACGGGUAAUUAUGAAUAUGAACGUAGAGUGCCCAUAUUUAUGUAGGUUUGUGUAGAAAAACGAUCAGAUGAAGCUGAAUUGUAUCUUCUUGGGCCACCACAGUUUACAGCCGUAUGUUUUGUAGUUUUUUUUUUGACGGGUAAUUAUGAAUAUGAACGUAGAGUGCCCGUAUUUAUGUAGGUUUGUGUAGAAAAACGAUCAGAUGAAGCUGAAUUGUAUCUUCUUGGGCCACCACAGUUUACAGCCGUAUGUUUUGUAGUUUUUUUUUGACGGGUAAUUAUGAAUAUGAACGUAGAGUGCCCGUAUUUAUGUAGGUUUGUGUAGAAAAACGAUCAGAUGAAGCUGAAUUGUAUCUUCUUGGGCCACCACAGUUUACAGCCGUAUGUUUUGUAGUUUUUUUUUUGACGGGUAAUUAUGAAUAUGAACGUAGAGUGCCCAUAUUUAUGUAGGUUUGUGUAGAAAAACGAUCAGAUGAAGCUGAAUUGUAUCUUCUUGGGCCACCACAGUUUACAGCCGUAUGUUUUUUAGUUUUUUUUUUUGGACGGGUAAAUAUGAAUAUGAACGUAGAGUGCCCGACUAUCAGCCAGCCAAAGCUGGCAAGGCCACAGCCAAGGCCCCAAGCAAGCGGCAACGCUCGGCGGAGGACACCACCACACAAGUCCAACAGGCCAAGAGGACGAAAACACUGAUUGGCCCGCGGACAGAUUCCUCGUCCUUCCCGAACAUCCGCUGGCAAAGUGACGUACGGGACGGGAAACGGGGAAGCUGAGCAGACGAAUUAUGUGUGGAUUGGAUCAUGGAAAGCGACUCUAAUAUAUUCGCCAAGUGCCGCAAUAAUGUGUUUCAAUUGGGAGUUCCUCAAUCGAGUUCCCAGAAAUCGAGUAUAUGACAUGCCACUCGAGAACCUCUCCGAAUUAGCAUCCAAUCUGCCGAAGCCUAUGUCUGUGCCCGACGUCUUGUGUGUUACAAACAUUUGCCUAUUGUCUGUUUGAUCUAAAAAUAAACGUUUGCCAUAUUUUAA